GCCCGCAGGACCGCGGGACCAGAACCCGCGCAGACCUUUCGGAGCGUCCACUCCGCCGGUGACCCCCGGCAGAGGGGCUCCUGGCACCGCCCUGGGCCCACCCCCGCCUUUCCGGCGUCUUCUGGCUGCCCGGGCGGCGCGCGCGCAGGCUCCUCGGGGGCACGGGGGUCGCGCCCCGAGCCCGCGAACAGGCGCCCGCUGCUCCGCGGCCUCGGAGAUCUGGACGCUCCCGGGGAGCUGCCCGCCCGAGGCCCCGCCAGGCGCAGGCGCGGAGGCCGCCCGCAAACCCGGAAGCGCUCGGCGCGUCCCGCGCCGGCGUAGUAGCGGUCUCGGCGGCGGCCAGGCCCGCGGCGUCCCCCGCCCCGAGGUCCGGCGGGCUCGGGCCGCGUCAUGUCCGCCCAGGGCGACUGCGAGUUUCUGGUGCAGCGAGCCCGCGAGCUGGUGCCGCAGGACCUGUGGGCCGCCAAGGCUUGGCUCAUCACGGCGCGCAGCCUCUACCCGGCGGACUUCAACAUCCAGUAUGAGAUGUACACCAUCGAGCGGAAUGCGGAGCGGACGGCCACCGCCGGCAGGCUGCUCUACGACAUGUUUGUGAAUUUCCCAGAUCAGCCGGUGGUGUGGAGAGAGAUCAGCAUUAUUACCUCAGCAUUAAGAAACGAUUCACAGGAUAAACAAACCCAAUUCUUAAGAAGUUUAUUUGAAACUCUUCCUGGGCGAAUCCAGUGUGAAAUGUUACUGAAGGUUACAGAACAAUGCUUCAACACUUUGGAGCGUUCAGAAAUGCUGCUUCUACUUCUGAGACGCUUCCCUGAAACCGUGGUGCAACAUGGGGUUGGCCUUGGGGAGGCACUCUUAGAGGCUGAGACUAUUGAGGAACAAGAAUCUCCUGUCAACUGCUUUAGAAAAUUAUUCGUGUGUGAUGUCCUUCCGCUAAUAAUUAACAACCACGACGUUCGGCUGCCCGCCAAUUUGCUCUAUAAGUACUUGAACAAAGCAGCUGAAUUUUACAUAAAUUACGUCACUAGAUCAACUCAAAUAGAGAAUCAGCAUCAAGGUGCUCAGGAAACAUCUGAUUUAAUGUCACCGAGCAAACGUAGCUCUCAGAAGUACAUAAUAGAAGGGCUGACGGAAAAAUCGUCCCAGAUUGUGGACCCUUGGGAGAGAUUGUUUAAGAUUUUGAACGUUGUUGGAAUGAGGUGUGACUGGCAGAUGGAUAAAGGAAGACGAAGCUAUGGUGACAUUUUGCAUAGAAUGAAGGAUCUCUGCAGAUACAUGAACAACUUUGAUAAUGAAGCUCAUGCAAAAUACAAAAACCAAGUGGUUUAUUCCACGAUGCUGGUCUUCUUUAAGAACGCGUUCCAGUACGUCAACAGCAUACAGCCGUCUCUCUUCCAAGGUCCCAAUGCCCCGAGCCAAGUCCCGCUGGUUCUCCUGGAGGACGUAUCGAACGUGUACGGUGAUGUCGAGAUGGAUCGCAGUAAACACAUACAUAAGAAGAGGAAACUAGCCGAGGGAAGAGAAAAACCCAUGCAGAGUUCGGAUGACGAAGACGGUUCAGCAAAAGGAAGGAACCGUCACAUUCUCAUCAACAAGGCAGAACUUGCUAACUCGAUCGAGGUGUUGGAGAGCUUCAAGCUGGCCAGAGAGAGCUGGGAGCUGCUCUAUUCCCUGGAAUUCCUGGACAAGGAAUUUACAAGAAUUUGUUUGGCUUGGAAGACGGAUACUUGGCUCUGGCUGAGAAUCUUCCUCAACGAUAUGAUCAUCUAUCAGGGCCAGUAUAAGAAGGCCGUCGCCAGCUUGCACCACUUGGCGGCCCUCCAGGGGUCGCUUCCGCAGCCACAGGUCUCGGGGCAGGGCACCUUGGAGCAUCAGAGGGCGCUCAUCCAGCUGGCCACCUGCCACUUCGCUCUGGGGGAGUACAGACUGACUUGUGAGAAGGUCCUCGAUUUGAUGUGCUACAUGGUCCUUCCCAUCCAGGAUGGAGGCAAGUCCCAGGAGGAGCCCUCCAAAAUAAAGCCCAAGUUUAGAAAAGGUUCGGAUCUGAAGCUUCUGCCGUGUACCAGCAAGGCCAUCAUGCCCUACUGCCUGCACUUGAUGUUGGCUUGUUUUAAGGGUCUUUUCCAGUCAUUCGGGUCUUUGCAUCAGGUGGCCAAAGUAUUGGAGCUUCAGCAUCAGUCCCUUCCAGUGAAGAUUCACAGUUGAUUUCUAGGAUUGAUUGCUGUGAUCUCCUUGCAGUUCAGGGGACUCUCAAGAGUCCUCCAGCACCACAGUCCUAAAGCAUCAGUUCUUCAGCACUCAACUUUCUUUAUGGUCCAACUCUCAUGUCCAUACAUGACUGCUAGAAAAACCACGGCUUUGACUCUUCAGACCUUAGAUGGCAAAGUGAUGUCUCUGCUUUUUAAUACACUAUCUAGGUUUGUCAUAGCUUUUCUUCUAAGGAGCAAGCAUCUUUUAAUUUCAUGGCUGCAGUCACUAUCUGCAGUGAUUUUGGAGCCCAAGAAAAUAAAGUCUGUCAGUGCUUCCACUGUUUCAUCAUUAGCAUGAAAGGAAUUUAAUUCAGAGGAUUGUUCUGAUGAUCUGAAGUGACUCAAGUUGAGAGCCUUGAGCACACGUUAGUUUAGUCUUUUGACAGCAUGUUGGUAUAGCUAGGGAACCAGUGGGAGGAAUAAACAAAUAUUUAUUAAAUGUCAGCUGCACUAGGCAGAGAAGAGUAGGAAAUAAUCUCCAUCCUUGAGGCGCAAGAUUACCUAUUAGUCCAGGUACCAGUGAGGCAGACACGCACAUAGCCUCGCCUGUCGUGAUGUCCAGUGUUUUAUGAGUUAGCCUGCAAGUCAGGAUGUGCUAGGUGUGGCAGAACGGAGCAGAGGUGCUCUUGGGCUCAGAGAGGGCUAUGAGUUUAUCAUCCUAGAGUGAGGUCUCCAGAGCUGCGGCAUCUCAGGACGGUUGACGGAACGCACGGCUGGGGCAGCCGGGGGCGGACAGGCUGAACCCCCAUGGCUCCUGAGCGGGCGGCUCCGCCUCGGGGUGCCAGUCCCCAGCCCUGCUCUUGGUCUGUACCGGGCGGCAGAAGCAGCUUGGAGUGACUUUAGGCAGGGCUGCCGAUCCUGACCAGGAAGCCCUGUGACGAUUUCUCACUUCACGUUCCUGCCUCCUCCCCGCCUGCCCCGGCCUCGGGUGUCCUCAGACCUUCUCUCCAAGGGUGCCUCUGGCCCGCCCUCCACCCCCCACCCAGCCCCUUAAGAGCAG